AUGGGUGGAAUUGAUGGGGAUGGGGGGUUACCGAGUGCAGAUGAGCGAAUCAAUGAUCCCGAAGCAGCUGUUCUCUGGAGAACUAUGGACAAGUUCGAAGAAGACGUGUAUCCCAGCAGUUCUACUAAUUUAGAACAGUUCCUAAAUGACCCUUUACUCUUGGAACCGGCAAACCCCAAUCUACCUGUCACGUCCAGCACAACAAUUGCCAACUUUUCUACUCUUUAUAAUGAUGCUGAUAUAAACGGUUCCGCUGCUCUUACCGAGUCUGACUUGGAUGCUUUGGAAUGUGCCCGAAAUGAAUCCCAACAACUCAGUGUAGUUAACAAUUUACCUGACCUUUUGAAAUCUGGUUCUACAGAAUGUCUAGAAAAAGUGGUGCCUCGAAUACAAGAGGUUUUGAACUAUGCCCAAGCAGACAUACAACGGGCUGCAUCGACAGCAUUUCUCCAAAUAUUACAGAAAGAACAAGUUGCAGUACAGAACUAUGCACAAACGUUUUUACAAACCAUUCUUACUAGCAUCGAUAACAAGAAUCCAGAUGUGAUGUUGCAAGACCGAAAAGCAGGAACCAGUGUUAUAUUUGUGGCAAUGUGGUUAAUAAUUUUGCUUCUCAACCAAAUGCAUUUAGGUUCAGUUGCACUAAAUGGCACUUUGGGCAAAUAUCUUUUACUCUCAGCUGAGCAAUGCUUUAUGAAUGAAUCUGGUGGACAGAAACCAUAUUGCACCAUCAUAAACAGUUAUCCAAAAGAAAUCUUAACAGCUGCUGUGGCAAAGGGUCAGUUAUCCCAGUCAGUACAAGCCAGGCUGUCGUGUUGUCAAAUAUUAGGGAAAAUAGCCACUAAGUUUGACCCAUUUGUAAUUAAAAAAGAAAUAUUGCCAAUUGUCCAGUCAUUGUGUCAAGAUGUUGAUUAUGAAGUCCGUGGUUGUAUGUGUAAGCAACUCAAUCCUGUUGCAAGGGGUUUGGGUCUUGAAGCAACAAAGAAUGCUAUUCUUCCUGAACUGGUUGAGUUAACUAAUGAUGAAGAAGUCUAUGUCCGUAUGAUGGGUCUUGAAACCGUUGUGAAUAUUUUAAGUCUUUUGGAUGACGAUACAUGUUCAAACACAAUCAUUCCUUUAGUUAUUAGGUUCUAUGAACAAUGUCUGUAUUCAAAGGACCACACACUACCCAUUAUUGCAAAGCACAUCGGUCGUCUGUGUCACGGCCUUUCCGCAAAUUUAAAUGAAAAACAAAAAGAUUGGUUUUUGGAUUGUUACAAAAAACUGUGUGAAGUUGGUUAUUCAGAUAAAAAUAGUAAUUCUUCUGAAUAUGGGUUUAAAAAUCAAUUGGCCAUUGAACAUCCAUUUCAUAACUGCAGGAUAAAUGCUGCCUACAACUUUCCAGCUAUUUCUUUGUUUGUUGGGGCCAAAGAUUUUGAAUCAGAACUAUUAGAAACGUUUUCAAUGAUGUGCAAGGAUUCUUUACCUGCAGUCCGAAAAAAUAUGGCACAUGGUUUUCAUGAGGUGGUCAAACUUUUAGAUACUCAGUCUGGGAUUCUACUGAAAAACCUUGCAGAUCUUCUAAGAGACAAUAAUCUAGAGGUACUUAGUGGAGUUACAUCUCAUCUUGCAGAAAUUUUUGAAGUUCUAGGUAAACAUAAACAUUCAGAAAAUCAAGUAGCAGAAAUCAUUCCAGCCAUCAUGGCAGCAGAAUCUGUGAUAUUCUCCUCUUAUUCUUGGCGACUACAAGAAGAGUUUGUACUCACUCUGUCUAGUCUUCCAAAGUGGUUUAAUUCAGAAACUAUUUAUGUAAAAAUUAUGCCGGUGAUCUACACUAAACUGAAAAAAGCUAGGGCAUUACCUGUAAAAUUAGCAGUGGCACGCACAUUUUUGACACUCCUGCGUACUCUAAAAAAGGCUGAAUAUAGAGAACAACUUAUUAACAAGUUAACAGAAGAAUUGUCCGUGGGUAACUGCUAUUUUCGAAGUCUUUUUCUUGAUGUUUGCAGCAUCAGUUUAGAUAUAUAUUCGAAGUCAUUUUUCAAAGAGAAGCUCUUUGAUAAUGCCCUUAGUCUAUAUUGUGAUCCAGUUCCAAAUAUUCGCUUAAAACUCUGUAGAUUCAUUCCGUGCAUGAAACAAACACUAAAUUUACCCGAAGAUGAUGCCCGCUUAUCUGAUCUCUGUAAUGUUGUCAGCAAAAUACUCAGAUCUGACAAAGACCCCGAUGUACUCAGUUUUGCCAACCAGGCACUCUGGGAUCUAGAACAAAUUGUUGUGCCUGUUCAUUUGCUUGGAUCAAAAACUCAGGAGAAAUUACAGACAGCCGAAGAUUUGAUAGAUUUGCAUCGAGAGGCUGAAGAAAUAAGUUUGCUAAAUGAUGAAAAAAAUGAAGAGAAAUCAAAAGUAAAGAAAGAUGUACCAUUUUCUAAAAUUCCUUCUCCAAGAAAAGUUUCAGCUCAAAAAUCCACUUCUGAGAAACGAGCAAGUCCAACUCCAUUAAAAGAAUGCAAAAAAUCUUUAAGUAAUUGCUCAUCCAGUUUAACACCAGUGUCUUCACCAAAGGUUAAAACCAAAGGUUCUUCGAUACCAAACUGUCGUCUAGUUAAAUCCCGAUCCACUUCUUCAAUAUGCUCUACAUCACAAAUUCCCAAGCGAGAUUCAAAGCUUGUGGACUCUCCUGGCAAAAGAGACACAAAAAUACCUGUGAUAGGUACAUCUUCUCUUCCUACACCAAAAGAUGGUAAAUCGGCUGAAUCUCGUUUAUGUAACAACACGCGUAUUCCUCGAGUAUCCACACCAGUUCGACCACCCUCACCUAUUACUGUAUCACAUAUUCCCACUACAGCUGGAGUUCAGAAACCAGCAAAAUCAGGAAUUAAACCAACUAGUUCCAAUAAUAAUCGCAAGAACAACAACAGCACAACCACCACCGCCACCACCACUACCACCACCACCACCACCACAGCUGCUUCUACGGCAACCACCAAUUCUACAACAACAACAGCAACAACAACCUCGACGACGACAACAACAACAACAACAACAACAGAUAAUUCAUCAGAUCAUGGGUUGGUUAACCGAACAGGAUAUCUAAGCAAAAGUCUAGAAAGGCCAAAGAGUUCUGUCACAAAAUGACCUCCAAUGUCCUAAUUGUAUCAGCUUUGCUGUAGAUUUGUUAGCUUUAAACUCUGCAAGAGAUUCCAUCCAGUAGGAUGCUGCUCCCUUAUGAGACUAUUGAACUGUACCAUUACUAGGGUACUUACAGCUGAUGCCUUAAAUCUGCUAUAAAGUUUGUACUGCUAAAAUUUUGACCACUUUUGUUCUAUCCCAGUGACAUAGGAUUAUGUGGUCUAAGAAUAUAUUUUGUUGGACUUGAAAAUAGAUUUACAGAGAUAUUUUCUUAAUGUGGUUGGAGUUUUUUUGUUUUUAUUCUUUUCCUGUUUAUUUUUUUUUUUGUCUCAAAAAAACGCCAAAAUUUAUUAUAAGUUGAAUUAUUAAUUAUUAUUAAUUAUAUUUUCAAGAACUUAAUAUAAUUGUUUCAAUUGAAAUGCAAGAAUACUGUCCCUUUUUUUGUGAUAACAUUUUAUUUAUUUGAACAAAGUGUUUUGUAUUGAAUUUUGGAAUAACUUACUGAAUUCUUCCCUGUUCAAGGUUUGUUUGUGAUAGAUAAAGAAUAAAAAAUGCAGAAAAAAAUUUCAAAAAUGAAAAUCCAAAAACAAAAAACCCUGCCAUGUUUUAUAAAAAUGUUUGAUUUGAGUUUUGACUCUAACAAAUUAAAAUUUGUUAGAUAAUGAAACAAAACUUAAUUUUUUAGUCUACAGCCAAAAGUGAGGUACUUUGGUGUACCAUGAGAGGAAGAAAUAUCAUGAGAGAAAGAGAGAGAGAAUAUGAUAUUUCAUCAUAGGUUACUGAUAGUACAUCUCACUUUAUGCCUUGUCAAUUAGCUGACACUUGCCGCAGAUGCAGACUACCUCAAAGCCCUUUCUAUUCCAACACUAUCUUUAGUCUAUAUAACACCUUAAAUAUAAUUAUUAUUAUUAUUAUUGCAGAACAACCCCUAAACAGCUUCAUUUUUUUUUUUUAACCCCCAAUUUUUUUUUAAACUCAGGAAUAAUCUUAAUUUAAAAUAAAGUCACAAAAGCUUAUAGUUGCCAAAUAUUUAUAUGUUUGUGAAAAAGAGAAGAGAGGAGUUCAUUUUGAAUAAUUAGAGAAAAAUAUACAAAAAAAAAUGUAAAAACAGCAACAAAACCAUUUUGAAAGAAUAAAAUAAUUUCAGGAAAAUUAUAUAGGGGGAAACGUUUCGUAUAGUGUGUGUGUGUGUGAUUCCUUACAUUAAUUGUGGAGUGCUUAAAUUUUCCUGCCAUAGCAAACUAAAUAAGAUUUUAAAUAUUGAAUGUGUUUGAAAUAAAAUAUUGAACUUACUUGAAAAUUCCAUACAAAAAAACUGCUGGAUUUUCACAAGAUUAAAGAGAUUUUUCGCAAAUCAGUGGGCAGAUCUUAAUCUCUAACUUGUGAAAAAUCAAUGUUUUUUAAAGGAACUUUCUGGAAUAUUUUUUAAAGGACUUCUGGAAUAUUUUUUAAUGGAACUUCUAGAAUAUUUUUUAGAGUAACUUUCUGGAAUAUUUUCAAAAAUAUAAGGACACAGAUCAUGUUGUAUAGCCAACUGGAGACGAUGUCUCCUGGGGCUAAAUUACAGUAACAUUACUUCUAAAUCAGGACUGCCCUGUUAUGUUGGCAAACAAUCUUUACUCCAAAGUACUGUUGCUGAAUAUCUCUGAUUGUGAGAUUUAGAAAGUUUUUUUCUACUUUCUGGAAUGUCAAAUAUUUUGCUACAGAUUUGAUGUUAUAUUAUCUUCUUUACUUUGAUUUAUGAUCUGGCAUCAAACUGGGCUCUAAAGUCACCUGUGUCAAUAUUCUUCUCUACAAGGUCCUGAAUUUUGGGGGAGGGGCCCAGUUGAUUAGAUUGACCCCAGUACACAACUGGUACUUAAUUUACCAACCCCGAAAGAAUGAAAGGCAAAGUUGGCCUUGGCGGAAUUUGAAC